AUUUCUUGCUCUCGUUCUUCGCGUGCCUGGCACAUAGCAGUCAGCCUCACUUUCAAUCGCCCGGCCUUUAUCGCUUCACCUUCACUUCCAUCAGCACCGCCAUGGCCGAUCCGCUCAUUUCAAGGACCCUGACACUCCGCACAUAGGCGACGAUAGUUCAAAGCAGGCUCUUCUCCUGUGCGACUUUCUGCGACCUGGACGCUGUGAACACGAAUCCCCGUCUCCCCAACGACUCAACAACGUCACCCCUGUGCCUCUCCCUGUACCUGUCAUACACUCUCGAUAUGCGCCCGGCAUUGCGCUCCUGACGCGACUCUUUUGUUUCUCUAGGAAACCAUGGCUGUCAGACCCUCGACCGCUCGAAGCGAAAUCUCCUCUGCCAUCUCUGAAGAUGGGUACGGAUCCAGACCCCAGUCGGGUGUCCCUCUUCCUGCGCUGCCCAACCCUCCACCUUCACAACAUGGUUACGCACAUCUUAGAGGCAUCACACAGCCUACAAACCGCUCGAUAAGGAGCAAUCCUUCGCCAGGUGCUCCUGCCGCACCGUCCAGCACGGCUGGCUCGAGUCGGCCACAAAGCCCUGUUUCUCAGGGUAGUCGCACUCAUGUUCCCUCAUUGACGGCGCAAGGCUUCUUCAAGCCAAUGAGCUCCCAGAGGUUACAAGCACAGAGAUUGAGGAGACCUCUCGGGGCCAGAACAAUGCAGCCUCCGGCGCCGAUUCCAGACGGGGAUGUGGAUGAAGAUGCUCGGAGUGUUGCGUCUAGCAGACAGGGCCCGUUCCAUGCGAUGCCUAGGAGCCAUCGUCCUGCUCCAUCGAUUACGACGGAAUAUACUCAGUCGGAGGCGCCAGACACCGCUGAUGCCGCAUCUCCCGAUUUCGCCUCUCAACACGAUGGCGACACACACCUUGUCAAUGGGGCCAACUCCCAGAAACCGCGUCGGCCAUCUCGGCUUAAUAUCGCUACCACUCUCAAGGCCGGCGAAGCGCCCCUGAAGUCGCCGCUCUCUUUUCGAUCUGGCUUGAGCCUAGCUAGCAAGCAUCGCUUGGAAUCUGGACAUCUCCCUUUAUCUUCGAAUGCCACUUCUCCCGCGUAUCCACCCGAUUCUAAUACCGAAGUUGCGGUAAAAAGUGCUCUAGGCAAGAAUUAUGAGUAUUUUGAGGGCAACACGAUCUUUUGGCUGGGAGGCCGUGUCCAAAACGCUCGAGAUCGCCCCAUAAACAUCGCCACUGGCAUAUUCUUAGUUCUACCGGCGAUCCUGUUUUUUGUUUAUUCGGCUUCGUGGUUGUGGCAUCAUGUCUCGCCCGCCGUUCCGAUAAUAUUUGCUUAUCUGUUUUUCAUUUGUUUAUCCUCUUUUCUUCAUGCUUCUCUUGUUGAUCCUGGGGUUUUUCCUCGAAAUAUCCAUCCAUUUCCGCCGGAGGAUAAUCAAGACCCUUUGGCUCUUGGGCCUCCCACUAAUGACUGGGUCAUGGUACGACUGGCCACCUCGCAAACAGCAGCAAUGGAUGUGCCAGUCAAGUAUUGCAAAACAUGCAACAUUUGGCGACCGCCGCGGUGUUAUCAUUGCCGAGUCUGCGAUAAUUGUGUCGAAACCCUGGACCACCACUGUGUCUGGCUCAAUAAUUGCGUGGGCCGCCGCAACUACCGGUACUUUUUCACCUUCGUCAGCACAGCGACCUUCUUGGGUCUGUAUUUGGCAUUUGCAUCCUUGGGACAUGUGAUUGCCUAUCGAGAUCAAAGACACGUCUCUUUUGGGACCGCCAUAGACCGAAAUCGUGUACCUUUUGCCAUGUUUAUAUAUGGGUUGUUGGGAUUUGCAUAUCCGUUCGCAUUGUGGAUGUACCACUUGCUACUUGUGGGCAAAGGCGAGACGACUCGAGAGUAUCUUGCGUCUCGACGGUUUCCCAAGGCUGAGAGGCACCGACCUUUCACACAAGGGAAUUUCAUCAAAAAUUGGAUCUCGGUGCUCGCACGACCCAAGCCUCCUACUUAUCUCCAUUUCAAGAAGCGAUAUGAGGAAGGCGAUCAGCGGUUUGGGAUCCGGAGGGGAGACCGGCAAGGAAAGCUGGGUAAUCAGGUGCAGAACGGCGAAAUGGAGAUGAAACCCGUACAGGGAUCACAAAAGACCUUUGAGGGACCUGCAGGGAGGAAUUUGCCGAAGAAAGAGACCAAAUGAAGGUGUAUAUAAUAGUGUAACUGGCCUCUUGCUGGGCGGAGAAUGUAUAUCAGGGUGGGAAAACGGAAUCACAACAUGUUUUGGCAACUGAGCCCCAACACAAUGCUGAACAUGGCAAUCAGGAUCUCG